CCGACUCUUGCGGCACUUCCGGCCCAUUGUGAUAACCCGAGAGUCUCUUUUUUCCUUUGCAGAGCUUACAGCGCCGGGCAUGCAGGUGUAACAAUUCAGCCUCCAGUGCGCAUCGGUGAAACCUAGGGCCAUUCGACGGUGGACAAACCUCCCUUUAGUAAACCUCCCCUUAGUGGUUGGAGGUCUAUCCACCCCCGAGCCAUACGAGGAGUAGCCACCUUCGGGCUCCUGGCAUCGGACAAGCCUGAAAGCUUCCGGAGGUGCAGUCGCCUUCCAGCAGCGGUGAAACACGGAGCCACGGGGUGGCUCCCACACUCUUCUCGCACUCCCGCGACAAGCAACAGAACGGGUUGCGUAUGUUCGUGUCUGCUUCAGGGCGGGGGGAACGGGCCGCUCGGCACGGCGGGGCGGGCGCUCGGCACGGCGGGGGCGGACGCCGCGCGGCGGCCGGCCCGGGCGGCGCGCCGCCGAGGGCACUCGGCGACGGGGCCCCCGAUGGCGAGGCCGCGCGAAGCGGGCAUGGCAAGCUCGCGGCGGAGGAGGAGGAGGAGGAGGAAGAGGAGGAGGAGGAGCGCGAGGGAGGGGCUGGGGGUCGCUGCGUUUCCCCCCCUUUGCCUGCCGUCCCCCGGACGUCGCCCGGCGAGGGGCCGCCUCUCAGCCCUCCCCCUCCAGCCGCGGCAGGUAGUUGAUGCUGAGGACAAUGGCGCCCGCCGACAGCAGGAACGAGCACGAGACCCACUGGUUGGAGCCCGUUGCCGCGAGGCUCCCAGCCAGACGGGGCGGCCCGGGCCUCCCGGCUGUCGAACGUCGCCACCAUCAUCACCCCCGCCAGCAGCAGGAGCAGCAGCCCGCAGACCAGCACGUAGGCGGACCGCCCCGAGUGCAGAAAGGAGAAGAAGGCCGACACCACGGAGUCGCGCGCCUCCUCUCCUGCCCGGCGGGUGCGCCCCCGCCCCCCGGAGCCUGUGCCGGCGGAGCCUGCGCGGGGCGGCCGCCCGUCGCCGUCGGCCAGGGGCGGGGGGGGCCCGCCGGGGGGGCCUCGGGCCGAGACGGCC